UUCAAGUAAUGUUCCGGGAAUAUAUAUGUCAAACCUCUAAGCUUAACAAGGAAAACCACAAUCCAAGUUUUUUUCUUCGUCACAAUUUGAUCAUUGGUGUUUGAGGUUGAUCGGUUUAAUGGCUUCAGGAGGAUCAAAAUCAAUAGCUUUAAUCCUUUUAGCCCUAAACCUAGUGUUGUAUUUCAUCGUGAUUGUAAUUGCUUCAUGGGCAAUGAAUCAUGGGAUUCAAAGAUCUAAGGAAGCAGCAUCAGUUUUGACGACUCCAGCUAAAAUAUUCCCAAUAUACUUCCCUAUGGGGAACAUGACAACUGGUUUUUUCAUAAUUUUCACUCUUAUUGCUGGUGUUGUUGGAUUCACUACCUCAAUAACUGGAUUGAAUAACAUAUUCCAGUGGAAUGCUCCUAAUUUGAAUGCUGCAGCUAUGUCUUCAUUGACAACAUCGGCACUCACUCUACUAGCUAUGGGAUUUGCAUGUAAAGAGAUUGAACUUGGCUGGACUGAUUCAAAUCUAAGAACCCUUGAAACGAUAACAAUAAUUGUUAGCGCAACACAACUGUUAUGCACUGGUGUUAUCCAUGUUGGGGCUUCAGAAGUUAUUCAUAAUUAUUAGAGAAUUGCAAGAGUAUGAGUUUGGUUUCGGUUGGUGGCAUAUAUGAAUUCUCAAAAGAAGAAAAUAUCUCAAUUACUUAGUUGUGAUUUUAUUCCUUGAUUUUUUAUACACAAAUUGUUUCAGUC